AUGUCGACGCCGAAGGAAGAACAAGCGCCUGUCUCAUUGGAUACGACCACAGCCGUUCCAAUUCCUCCACGAUCUUUCUUCAAAGCUACAUCAAUCCCGUCAAAAAGACCUCCAGGAUGGGUUUGCGUUCGCUUUGUGUUUACACCGACCUCUGAAGAAAGUCUGGACGAUCCACAAGAUCUGCUCAUCCACUACUCAGACUUCUUUCGCGGUGCUUUGACCGGUUCAAUUAAAGAGGCUGCCGAAUCCAAAAUAUCCCUUCCAGACGAACGCGCCGAUGUAUUCGAGAUUUUCAAUCACUUCAUCUACACCCGUUCUCUUGCGGAUAGUGAAGAUCACAAAAUCGCGUGGGAAUUACUCGUGGAAACGUGGUUCUUUGGUGACCAGCGUUUGAUCCCAUCUUUACAGUAUAUCGCCAUGGACGAGCUGACUAAGAAGAACAACAUCGAGGAGGAGACUCCAACGACGCAGAUCAAGAAAUUCUGGAACCGCACUUUGCCUGCGGCGCCGCUUCGAAAGGUCAUACUCGACUUAGUCGUGUACAAAGCCGCCAUCGAUAUCGUUUUCUACGAAAGAUGGCCCCAAGAAGCACUCGUGGACUUGAUCAAAACCGUUUAUCACAAAGAAGACACCGCAAAAAGGCACUCGAUGCCUACCAGAGACAAAUGCUACUAUCACGUACACAACGAGGGACAGCACUGCUAA